AGGUGACUGCAAGUGAUGGGCGACAUAAAAACCAUGUUGCCCAGAUACGAUACCACACUAAAUGUCAGAUUGACAGCGGUGUCUCGUUAUCAUAGGAAAUGUCACAUCAUGGCAGUUCCCCCCACGUUGAACGACAAAAAUUUACUGGAUAAACAACAAAAUCAAAACAAUGAGAAACCGAUUAUUUCCGUUCCGUUUUCCAUAACACCAGAAAUCCAAGAAAUUAUCGACAAAUGUAUGCAAAACAAAAAACCGGAAGAGAAUAAGAAUAAAUUGGUUAUAACUUCUGAAAAACUAACAGAACUAAGGAAAAACGUAGAGAAUGCGAUUAAGGAAAGGAAAACGUUCACUAUAAAAGGAGGGUGGAAUACUAUACGUAAUGCCUUUUUGUCAAGAGGAUGGAUAGAAAAAUUUGAAGGUAAUAAACCGCCGCCAAAAGGAGCCAGUGGCGUUCCGGCUCCUCCGUCUACCGUAGAAGAUUUUACAAACAUAAUUCCUGCAAAACAAAACUGGGAAUCUGAUGAAGCAUAUCGGAAGAAGUGCGAAAGGGUAAUAAUGUCCCGUAUGCUUCAAAACCAUAUGGUCGAUUUUUAUUGGAACAUGAGACGAGAUGGGACCGACUUUCACCAUCGGAUCAACACACAACAAAUAAUGAAUAGAUUUGGACGUUCUUUAUUCACUUCGAAGGAAGGUCUUAAUUUGCUGCUCCAGGAGAUGCAUUGGCAUAGCGAACCUGGCGUGGCACAUGUAAAUUUCCCUAGAUGUUAUACUUUAGGAUUUUUGGACCAUUACAGUCAUUUUGUGGAUGACUUUCGACUCACUGCCUGUACAAGUCUUCUGAAAUGGUUUACUAGUAGAUAUACAAAACAAGACGAACUAACUGUGACUUCUCCAGAAGGUACAGAGCCGUUAACUGCCUUAGAAUUUGCCAUCAAAAGAUGCAACGAAUUCGUAAGUAAACAGGAGCACGCCGACAUCGAUAAAGAUUUCGCUGUAGUUUGGAGUAACGAAUGGGACCAAUUUUUAACGCACUUUUACAACAUUAUACACUCGGAUAAAAUGUUCAAGUACUUAAAAGAUUUACCUCUAGCUUCAUUAAACGUUCAAGCCAAAAUAGCUCUAAAAGGGGUAAAGAGACAUUGGCCACAAAUGGUUAUUGACGGAAUGCGAAACAUCUGGAUUCUUAAACCCGGAAAUAAAUGCCGAGGAAGAGGAAUUCAACUUAUAAAACAUCUCGAAGAUGUAUCAAAAGUAAUGAAUAUGAAGAUGAAAUACGUUGUCCAAAAGUACAUAGAACAACCUCUUCUUAUAUACGACACAAAAUUUGACAUACGACAAUGGUUCAUGAUCACCGGUACACACCCAUUAACUAUUUGGAUGUACAGAGAGAGUUACUUGAGAUUCAGCACUCAAAUCUUCAGUCUUCAAAAUUUUCAUGAAUCUCUCCAUUUGACAAAUCAUGCCGUGCAGUGUAAAUACAAAAAUGUUAAUCAAAGAGAUAAGGCUUUGCCUGACGAAAACAUGUGGGAUUGUCAAACGUUCAAAGCAUAUCUAAAGCAAAUCGGCCAUCCAGACAAGUGGGACAUGGUCAUUUUACCUGGAAUGAGAGAGAAUAUUAUUGGAGCGAUGCUCGCUUGUCAAGACACAAUGGACAGAAGACCUAACACGUUCGAGUUGUAUGGUGCCGAUUUCGUUAUUAGUGAAGAUUAUACGCCAUGGCUUCUUGAAAUCAACUCCAGUCCAGAUCUGUCUUGGUCAACCAGCGUCACCGCACGAAUGUGUCCACAAUGCCUGGAAGAUAUGGUGAAAGUAAUAAUUGAUAAAAGAAGAAAUCCCAGUGCUGACACUGGAGCAUUUGAUCUCGUAUAUAGGCAAAAUUUCCCAAAACCGCCCGCUUAUUUGGGCAUGAAUCUAUCAGUCAGGGGACACCGAAUAUUCAGGAAGAAAUUAAAACAUAAGGACUCCAAAGAAAUCAAGGAAGAACAAAAUACUUACAUAAAAAGGAGAAAGGAUCCCGACAAUGAAUCAAAAAACACGGAAUUCACACUUUCAAAGCCGAAGAACUUACCCGCUGUGAACAUUGUGAAAAUGUACAAGGGUCCCGUCAUCGGUGAUUUGAUUGAAGAGCUUAACAUGUCAAUGUCUUCUAAGCCAGCGAAACCAGUUACCAUUGAUACUCCAGAAAAUAAGUCGCGUCCUAGUUCCAGAGCUAAUUCGACAGGACAACGGCAAAGUAAAUCCAAAGAACGUAAAGAGCACAAGAGAAGAAGGUCGCAUCGGCGUCACAGUAAAAAAUAACGAUUUACCCUCAAAAUCUCAAUAUCUGCAACGAGACCUGCUUGGACUGAUUAACCGCGAGAAUUAUUCAAAACAACGUAACAUUGGGGUUAAAGGGGAUGCUACCAGUGUCUUAAUGGUAAAACCGUUUUUUUAAGUA